GACUCGCCUCCGCCCCUGCGCCCCCCAACCGUCGGCCCCGCUGCCAGGCCGCGGCGGGGAUGGCCAGCCGCCGAGCGGGGCCGGUGACGAGAGCCGCGCUUCUGCCACUGGCCGACGACGCCUGAGGGACGGGCCGGCCUGCUGAGCCCGCAGACGCCGAGGCGGGCGGCCCCGAGAGAGCGCGGGCCAUGGAGGCCUCCAUGCCGAAGCGGAAGGAGCCCGGCAAGUCCCUGCGCAUCAAAGUCAUCUCCAUGGGCAACGCCGAAGUGGGCAAAAGCUGUAUUAUAAAGCGGUACUGUGAGAAAAGAUUCGUGUCUAAAUAUCUUGCAACGAUUGGGAUUGACUACGGCGUGACCAAGGUCCAGGUCAGAGACAGAGAAAUCAAAGUCAACAUCUUUGAUAUGGCUGGACACCCAUUCUUCUACGAGGGCACUGCGCAGCUCUGCUGUCUUAUAGUGGUGUGGAGGAUUACACCUGUGACUUCAGAGCCUCAGGUCCGCAACGAGUUCUACAAGGACACACAGGGCGUGAUUCUGGUCUAUGACGUUGGGCAGAAGGAGUCCUUCGAUGCCCUGGACGCGUGGCUGGUGGAGAUGAAGCAAGACCUCGGGCCCCAUGGAAACAUGGAGAACAUCGUGUUCGUCGUGUGCGCCAACAAGAUCGACUGUGCCAAGCACCGCUGCGUGGAUGAGAGCGAGGGGCGUCUCUGGGCCGAGAGUAAGGGCUUCCUGUACUUUGAGACCUCGGCGCAGACCGGAGAGGGCAUCAGUGAGAUGUUCCAGACCUUCUAUUUGAACAUCUUGGAUGUGUGUGAACAUGGUGGGAAGCGUCCAGCCACAAACAGCAAUGCUAGUUUCACCAAAGAACAAGCAGACACCAUCCGCAGGAUCCGAAACAGUAAAGACAGCUGGGACAUGCUGGGGAUCAAACCUGGGGCUUCAAGGGACGAGGUGAACAAAGCGUACAGGAAACUCGCGGUACUGCUCCACCCUGAUAAGUGUGUCGCGCCCGGCAGUGAAGACGCCUUCAAAGCCGUCGUGAACGCCCGGACAGCCCUCCUGAAGAACAUCAAGUAGGCAGCAGCCAAGCAAAUGCUCAUGGACUCUCCCUGGAGGGGAAGCAGCCAGCCUGGAGUCUUCCCACCACAAAACUCACCGCUCGCUCCCUCCCUCCUGUGUCAUGGUGUCUAGAUGAGUCGUGUAGGUGGCCAUCAUCUCCUGGAGGGUUUCCGGGGAGUCGCAGUGGAGACAGCCAGGCGCCACUCGAAGGCACACUUCAUUUCAUGUUUUCAGAUGAUCUGAAUUGUUCUGCGUCUUUGGUAGGCUCUGUGAUUGUCACAUCCCUUAAGCACUUUGCUCAGGAAACUCCAUGAGGUUGGAGGCGGAGAGUAAAGGAGGACCCUUGCACUGUCAUUUAACUCACCAUGAGAGAAGGAAACAGUGCCAACACCCCUGAGCGCUUGGUGGAACCUCACAAGCAGAUUGCUCUGUUCACAAUGAGGAUUUUAACCCCAGAUUUCCAAUGAGCUGUGUGGAAGCCUGAAGGCGAUAGCGUUUCUGGACUGUUCACUCUGCUCCCUCCUCAGCCACCAGAGGGCGACAAACCCAUUAGAAGAGAGCUGUUGGGUGCCACAGGCCUGGCCUGGCCCUAGCCAGGGUGCUGGCAGCCGUGGGGGUCACACCAGGAGUCAGGAGCUCUUGCAGGCCAUGCCAGGCCGUGUCCACACCUCCGGAGGGCUCAGGCAUGUUUGGUGCCCUGGGGAUGGUGACACCCAUGCCAGGCUCAGCCUGCGCCUCCACUCCCCUCCCUCCCUCCCUCAGAAACCUGGGCCUGGCACCAGUCGGCCUGCAGAGGGAUGGGGGUGAAGGCCAGUGUGGGAGAACUCCCUGCCAUUUUACUUCAGUUCCAAAUCCCCAACGGUAACAGAGCCAACGCUAACUUCACGCAGGGAAACGCCUCCUCCUGCCUGUAGUCUCCUCGUGCCCACAGGGCAGAUGAAGGUCCGGGUGGGGCAGCCUCCCCAGAGCUUAGCCCCAGGCCCACCAUGACUCAGCCCCCUCGGCUCUUACCUGGGCGGCCUUUCAGCUGUGGCCAGGCUUCACCAAUUGGGGCUGUAAAGGCCAUGGAAUGUCACUGGCCGUGAACUACAAACAACUGUCUUGGUGUCCCAGACAGCAGCUCCCUGGUGGCCCGGGAGGAGAGCUCCUCCUUGCUUAGUCGGGGCCCUCCGCGGUCUUCUAGAUGCUUCCCCUCCUCUUAGCGGCUUCACUGCAUCCAGCUUCUCCUUAGGAUGCCUGUGAACCAUCUUCUGAUCUGAGCUCCUGUCAGUGCUCUCAAAAAUUCUUUUUUUGUAAUGAGUUGAGAUCUGAGAUAUUAUUUCCUGUGGGAUUUUCCUCUGACCUUUUAAUUUUGACUAGUUUCUCGGGCUGCAGGACUCAAGCCCCAAGUUCUUCUGCACCUCAGUUUUGCUUUCAACCGUCAGUAGCCGAGAAGCUGUGAAAGGCAGUUCUGUUCCCCCCACAGCAGUUCAGAUCUUAGGAACCUGGCUGCCCACACUGCACUCAGUCUCAGAUCCAUCCCCUCACCCAGCAGAGAAUUCUGUGAUGCUCUGUUCACAUCCUUUCAGGACAAGGGACUUGUAAGAGGUAGCUUGAACUUAGUUCCUAAGUCCCGGGGCUCAGCUCCCAACACCUUCAUUGUAAAUGUGAAGAAUGGCCACGUAGCACUUCAGUUAAGAAAAGAGUAUAAGGCUGGAGCACCCUAGGAUUUUUUCUAGUGGCCACAAUCCUUGGGUAGAAUUCAGAAACAGGUGUGACUUGCAACGAAAAAUGUAUCUGGCUCAGACUUGAGUCCUAACUCAACAGACCUCUGCGUUUUAAAUUCUGGUGCCAACAUGUACUUUGUAGCUCAGCCUCAUUAAAACUCUUGAGCCAGCUCAGAUUUCAAAAGACAUCAUGGAGAUUAGCAACAAGCAGAGUCAUUUCAAAGGCUAAAGCCAUUUUUAUAGCAUAUCUUAUUUUUUCAAAAAAGAAAAACGGAUAAAAAUUUGAACAGCUGUUACUGAAGGGAAGCCAUCUGAGUCACCAGGAAUGAGCACUUUUCAAAGUGUUGCGCAGUCCCUGGGGACAUGUCCAGCCUAGGCCCGGCCCAUCUAAGCACUUUAAAACACACUCUCCUUUGUCCCUCUCUUCCGGUCUCCUCUCCCCUCUGCUUCCUUUUCAGUGGACGUUUUCCUCUGUUGACUCACCGUGCACCUCGGCAGAGCCCUUUGACUUCUCCACAGACUUGCUUUUGGUGGCCUGGGAACUUAAGAGACCAGACUUGGGGUGGGGGGGGGGGGGCGGUUCUGCCAGUACCAAGAGACACAGCUGUGUAGGCUGCACACUAUUCUGUAAGGCUGAUGUGGGCCUCAGCAAAUGUGCUCUGGUAUAUUUCCAUGCAUUGACUUUUCCCUCUGGCAGAUGUCUCUUUGUGCCUGUCGCUGUUCAAGGGGCCAUAAAUGGGGCGAAGAAAGCCAGAGUGAGCGAGCGGCCCCCACAGCACUUAGCAUUGAGCGUGGCUGAUCCUCAGAACCGUGACAACAGCUAGAGGGAGGGAGAGGCCUAUAUCUUGCUGUCGAGGUAGAGCUGGCUGCCGUGCACAGGGCGCCUUUGGCAGCAACGCUGCUCUUCUUACAAGAGACUUGAGUCGGUGCUGUUCACUCUCCCCCACUGACUCCAUCUCACUCGCUCUGAGUUGGCCAACUUGGCUGGUGAACUUGGAAAGUGUAUUUAGUCGUGACACCUAGCCCCGUCCCUGCACACACUCCUGGUUGGCAUCUAGCACAAGUGUAAGGCACGGUGCGUACUGUCAGCCGUACUCGGUUAUUUCCAUUAGACGUCUAGAGAAGACGUAAGCUCCAUUAGACGUCUAGAGAAGACGUAAGCUCACGUGUGCGUGUGGAGACGUUGCCUAACUAGCAGUGCGGUAACCAGUUGUGCAGUAGGAACCGUUGAUGGUGAGCCGACCUGGGUGGCUUGGGGCUCGCUGUCCACAUCAGCCUCCUAGAAUGUCCUCCCCUCAGACUGGGAACAGUCUCUAAGGAACCCCUCUGAUCUUACAAGGUAAUUCUCAUAUUUACCUUCUGUUGAAAUAACUAUAAAUGUUAGCUCAAACGGCUGUUUGUCUUGUAUAGAGAGUGUCAUAUGUAUUUAAGUUGUGUAUUUUUAUAAAAUAAAGCAAGAUCACAAAC